CUCUACUUUAUGCCAUCCCUUCUUUUCUCUGCAAUGCUUUCUCAUAUCAUCCUGCAUCACAAAUUGCCUGAUCGUUCGGGAACCCCAUUCAUCAAAAACCAGCGGCGCCAUACAUAACCAUUCAUAGUUUUAAUGCAUUUACCUUUUGUGGCGUCAUCGUCUUUGUUCUCAGGCCUUCUUAAAGUACAAUAUUUUUCCGUACUUUAUACUUUCUUUGGCCAAAUGGUCAAGUGUAUUACAAACAAUUCAACUAUAAAGAACACAAUGCGGAAUCAGUCAUUAUUGCCUUCCACUAUUGCCUUAUUCUUAGUCUAUGGAACGGUCGCUCUUGCUUUUUUUACGAUAUAUACCAUGAUGUUGCAAUGCAGGACAAGACAGGACAGGGGAAGGCGCAUCAGAAAUCAAUGGUGAACCUCAAAUGGACAUCUAUUCCGAAAUUUGAUGCUAACCUCAGGAACAGAAAAAAACAUUUCCAAGUUGCGUGGAAUUGUGCUACGCACGGUGUCCCGGUCAUUCAUUGAUUGUACAUGGUAGGGAAUAGGAGACAAGUAAACUAAAUAUGCGUGCCCUGUCCUUAAAGAGAAAGAGACCCUCAGCUAGUCGUGAUCAGGUGAGGCAUCGACACAGGAUCCAGGGAUACAUUGUCUUUGUGAGCAUCAUGGAGAACAGAGCAGAAAGAAGCGUCCAGGCAGUUGUGGGAUCCAGCAUUUUUAGAACUCGGUCAUCAGAUUGAAAUCAAAACAAAAACCAAUGGAAUGUAGGAUAAUACGUUUGCAUCAAGGAAGUGUAGAUAACGCGACUCCUCCAAAGGUGUGAGCAACACAUUGCCUUUAAAUUCAAUAGGCCAGAAGCCUCUGUGGAGUACGUAUUAUCAAUCAUCCGAAUCAACUUGUCGUUCCAUUUGACUAUCAACAGAGAAUAACAAUGAAGUAACCCGCCACAACAGACAUUUUGGGCUUUUAAGGACAAACAACAUCCGCACGGUUCGAGAAUCGCCAUGUCAAUUCGCAUGUAUCCACCAAUGUACUUUGAAUGCAGUAUGGGGAG